UAGCCAUUUUAACUCGCCUCAGAUCAAUCAAUUGUGUGAUCAAUUAUAGAAAUACGAAAACCAGAAAUGGGUUUGAAAGGGAAACUUAUUUCUCAGAUAGACAUAAAAUCCGAUGGAGAUGUUUUUCAUGAGAUUUUCAGAGAGAGACCUCACCACAUUUCAGACAUGAGCCCAGCUCACAUUCAAAAAUGUGAUCUUCAUGAGGGUGAUUGGGGAAAGGUUGGAUCUGUUAUCUUCUGGAACUACACCCAUGAUGGAAAGGAGAGGGUGGCAAAGGAGAUAAUAGAAGCAAUUGAUGAGGAAAAGAAGUCGGUGACUUUCAAGGUGAUUGAAGGUGAUCUUAUGGAGCUCUACAAAACCAUGAAGAUCAUUGUCCACGUGGACACCAGCGGGGAUGACAACCUGGUGACGUGGACUUUCGAGUACGAGAAAAAGAGUGAAGAUGUUCCAGAUCCGCAUACUCUCAUGGAAUUUGCCCUUAAAGUCACCAAGGAUAUUGAGGCACACCAUCUUCCAAAGCCUUAAUUAAUUAUUUGAGUGUCUUAUAUGUUCUGAAUUUCAUCUGCGCAAGCUCCCUGUUUAUGCAUCUUUAAUUUAUGUGUGAUAUGUAUUAUGCGCGCGGUUGAUGAAGAAGUUUGAGAUUUGUACUCAAGUGUGAUGUAAUAUUGUGAUUAUAUGAAUAAGGGACUGUGUGCGUGAUUGUUGUAUGAUCCUUAUUGUUUGAGAGUGAAUACUAUAUCGUGGUUUUAAUACAUGGGGUUUGAAUUUAGGCAAAUUUGCAAUUUAAUACACUACCUUUCACAGUUUUGCAAUUUAAUCACCACCUUCGUGAAUUGACAAGUUAAUCACGACCUUUACCUUUAUUUGCAAAACGGACCACAACUCACGGUUUCGUUUACAGAAUGCUGACUUGGAACUGACGGAAGUUUUGAGG